CGCGUCCCGUGUUGCUCUGCGGUGGCGGAAGCGGAAGCGGGUACGGAGGUACCAGCUGGUCUUCGGAGGGGGGUAGGGGGCUCCAUGAAUGGAAGCGGCGGCGGCGGCGGGAGCGACCUGAGCUUGGCUCCGGGGCCAGGGCCAGGGGCUGCCCAGGACCCGCACCGGUGUAUGGGGGCGGCUCGUGGAUCCUAAGAGCAAGGACCGACGGCUCUGCCGAACUGGGAGGGGCGGGGCCGGGCGGCCUCGGGUCGGAGGCGCGUCGGGCUGGAGCCGGUCACGAUGCCCCGAAGGAAGCAAAGCCAUCCACAGCCCGUGAAAUGCGAGGGGGUCAAAGUGGAUACUGAAGAUUCCUUCGACGAAGGACCCGGGGCCCUGGUGUUGGAGAGCGAUUUGCUACUAGGCCAAGAUCUGGAGUUCGAAGAGGAAGAGGAAGAGGAGGAAGGUGACGGCCACAACGACCAGCUCAUGGGCUUUGAGAGAGACUCUGAAGGAGACUCUCAGGGGGCCAGACCUGGACUUCCCUAUGGGCUGAGUGACGACGAGUCUGGGGGCGGCCGGGCACUAAGUGCGGAAAGUGAAGUUGAGGAGCCAGCCAGGGGUCCAGGGGAGGCCAGGGGUGAGAGGCCAGGCCCAGCCUGUCAGCUGUGUGGGGGGCCGACAGGUGAGGGGCCGUGUUGUGGGGCAGGAGGGCCGGGUGGGGGGCCCCCGCUGCCCCCACGGCUACUGUACUCAUGCCGGCUCUGCGCCUUCGUGUCCCACUACUCGAGCCACCUGAAGCGGCAUAUGCAGACACACAGCGGGGAGAAGCCAUUCCGCUGUGGCCGCUGCCCCUACGCCUCAGCCCAGCUCGUCAACCUGACACGACAUACCCGCACCCAUACUGGCGAGAAGCCCUACCGCUGUCCCCACUGCCCCUUUGCCUGCAGCAGCCUGGGUAACCUGAGGCGCCAUCAACGCACCCACACAGGGCCUCCCACUCCCCCCUGCCCAACCUGUGGCUUCCGAUGCUGUGCUCCACGACCAACCCGGCCUCCCAGUCCCACAGAGCAGGAGGGGACAAUGCCCCGGCGAUCAGAAGAUGCUCUGAUCCUUCCAGACUUGAGUCUCCAUGUGCCACCAGGUGGUGCCAGUUUCCUGCCAGACUGUGGGCAGUUGCGGGGUGAAGGGGAGGGUUUGUGUGGAACUGGAUCAGAACCACUGCCAGAGCUACUGUUUCCUUGGACCUGCCGGGGCUGUGGACAAGAACUGGAGGAGGGUGAGGGCAGCAGGUUGGGAACGGCCAUGUGUGGGCGUUGCAUGCGAGGAGAGGCUGGAGGGGGUGCCAGUGGGGGACCCCAGGGCCCUAGUGACAAAGGCUUUGCCUGUAGUCUAUGCCCCUUUGCCACUCACUACCCCAACCACCUGGCUCGGCACAUGAAGACUCACAGUGGUGAGAAACCCUUCCGCUGUGCCCGCUGCCCAUAUGCCUCUGCUCAUCUGGAUAACCUGAAACGGCACCAGCGAGUCCACACAGGAGAAAAGCCCUACAAGUGCCCCCUCUGUCCGUAUGCCUGUGGCAACCUGGCCAACCUCAAGCGUCAUGGUCGCAUCCACUCUGGUGACAAACCUUUCCGAUGUAGCCUUUGUAACUACAGCUGCAACCAGAGCAUGAACCUCAAACGUCACAUGCUGCGACAUACGGGCGAGAAGCCCUUCCGCUGUGCCACCUGCGCCUAUACCACAGGCCACUGGGACAACUACAAGCGUCAUCAGAAGGUGCAUGGCCAUGGUGGAGCAGGAGGGCCUGGUCUCUCUACCCCUGAGGGUUGGGCCCCACCGCAUAGCCCACCCUCUGUUUUGAGCACUCGGGGUCCGGCAGCCCUGGGUGCUACUGGUAGCAGGGCUCUUCAUACAGACUCACCUUAACUAGGUUCUCUUACCCGGGGCCCUAUGCCUCCUGCAUUUUAUACAAACGGACUAGAAACACCUUUCCCUUCCCCCCGCUGGUCAGGGGCUCCACACAGACUAACCUAGGCACUAUAUGGGCCAACCUGAAUCCCAUGGUUGGGGCCAUAUAGACCAGGGGGCCUUGUCUUGGCUCAUGUAUCUGAUGAGCUGAGUGAUUAGGACCUUGGAUUCACCGCCACUGCUCCCAGGGGCCACGGAUGAACUGGUUGGGAACUGCCCAGCCUUUUACUGUUUUAACUUAUUUCAGUGCUUUAUAAUAAAGGAAACACUAACAGAGCCA